AUGCGGACUUAUCUAGGUCUUAAGUUUGCUGCCGUACUGGCCCAAGGGGCAUUCUCUGCUGAGCCCCCUAUCCCUGGAUACGGUAUAGAAGUACUGGAGUGGAAUGUUGAGGUUUCUCCUGGCCGAGUAGAAGCCCUCAAUGGCACCGUCCAGGAGGUCUUCGCACAGGCUCUCCAAAUUAACCCUAAUUUUCAACUUAAGCCCGUUUCUGAUGCAAAGAACUUAUACAAGAGACGCCCGCCAGUUAAAUGCGACGGUGUUGGGUUGGAGUCUGCUAGUACGAGAACAAUUGAGGAUGGCGUUGACUACCUUCGUCGUUUGUCGGGAACGCCUAGUCACGGCCCUGGUCCAAAUAGUGAGAUUACUGCAAUAUCUGCUUUUGUUAUUACAUACUAA